AAAAAGGCAGGAUAUAAAUCAAAAAAUAAAUAAAAUAAAUCAAAUGUCCCUGUAGAGUAUAUUCUCUGAUACCUAAAGUAGCAAUCAGCCUUCCAGCUUCAUGUCCUGAAAAAGGCCUAUGUGUUUGCCUGCCAUGUCUCCUCUCAAGCUGGCUGGCAGCAGCUGAUAAGGAAGAUAGCAGCCUGUGAGUCAUCCACUCCCCCUGUUGAGCCCCUUCAUUGUGUCAAAAUCCUCUCAGAAAUAUCCACAAGCCCGUAGCAAGUCUUUCUGACAAAGGGCCUUUAUGGCUUUCCUGUCAAGGUGAAGCUGCUGAGCUGCUGCAGAGCACAAACCUAAAGUACAAAGCCCAAAUUCCUGGUUGCCCUCUUUCCUCCCCGUUACUCCUUCAGCUUCAAAACUAAAUUUCUCUUCUCAUAGGUCCCACUCCCCUUGCAGGAAUGAACCCUGGAAUCACUUUUCUUCUGCCUCUUGUAUUUGUCUCCAAGUUCCCAUGAAUCUUGGAGAAUUGCUUUCACACCCCUCCCUGCUUUAACCACACACCCUGCCCAGAAAUGCCGAGGCGUUUAAAGCAGCGGGGCCCCACCGCCUUCACACAGUCCUGGCUGGCAGCCAUUUUCCCUUUCUAUCGUGCAACAUUAACCCCCAUUCCACGCCCCUGUCCCUGAGAAUUUGGACUGGACUCCUGUAGUUUUGAAUUUUAAUUUCUCUUCUUCCAGUUCUUAAGGCCUGUAUCGCUCUUUCCCAAGUGCUCAAAGCGUGUUCAGGCUGAGCUGAGGGAGAUGAGAAAAACAGCAGGCCCAUUCAUAUGUCCUGGUAAAAUAAUUAACGUCCCCUCUUUUCCCGCCCUCUUCCUUUUCCUUGGGUGUUACGAUUUUUUAAGAGUGGUCCUGUUCAUGCAACACAAUUGCCCACAUCAGUUAUUUAAUGCAUGGUAAGGCUGUAGGGUGGGUGCAGCUGCCAUUUGGAAUAUGCAGCCCCCUCACAGAGGUUGUCAUGGCAGGAAAAUCCAGCACGUGUGGGUUCUGUGAAAUUUAAACAAUCCUUAGAACCAUGCUUGGUUUUGGGUUCAGCCCUCACACAAUCCACCUUUGCCAGGUUCACACAACACAUAGAGGUUGCGGAAAUAACCCAUAGCAAGCCAUUGCAUGUCAUUGGAACCUGAUCAUUGUAAGCUACUCCUGGAGCCUUUUUGGAUGAUGAGCAGCAUAAAAAUAUGAUGGAUGGAUGGAGAAAUCAUCACAUUGGACACAUUCAGCCCAUGUGUUAAGCCAUGGUUAAGCAGCAGGCUUCCAGGAUGGUGUAAGAUCCAGCUCCAAUAGUCGGAGUGGCAGUCAUGACAGGCAUGAGGAGCACACAGACACGUCAGACAGUGAAUCAUUCUCUCUGCAAGUCCGCAAGCUCAACCAGCAGCCUCAGAUUCGCAAGCCAGGAGAACAUGGCUAUGACCCCAACCGGUAUCGGCUGCACUUUGAGAAGGAGAGCAAAGAGGAGGUGGAGCGGAGGAAGAAGAUUGCUCGGGAGAAGACCUUGGAGCCAGUGCCAGAAGUUGAGAUGGAGGUGGACAUAGAAGCAGUUUACAAGACUGGUUCAGCGCUGGAUUUUCCUAAACGUCCACCAUGGAAUUACCAGAUGACCAAGGAGCAGGUGUUGGCCCAAGAAGAAAAGUGUUUCCGGGAAUAUCUAGAAAAUAUCUAUAGUACAUUCCAGCCAAGCCAGCUAAGUUACUUUGAGCACAAUCUGGAGACAUGGAGACAGCUGUGGCGUGUACUGGAGAUGUCAGACAUCGUGUUGCUUAUUACCGAUAUCCGGCACCCGGUCAUCCACUUCUCCCCAGCCCUCUAUGACUUUGUGAUGAAGCAGAUGAAGAAAAACCUCAUCCUGGUUCUCAACAAGAUUGACCUGGCACCCCCAGCCCUGGUAGUGGCCUGGAAGCACUACUUCAAGAGUCGGUUCCCUGAGAUCCAUGUGAUCUGCUUCACCUCCUACCCACAAAAAGACCAAGAUCCCAGUGCAGUGUUUAAGAAGCGCCGGAAGCGCCGGAAGGGUUGGAGCACAGCAAUGGGACCCGAUCAGCUGCUGAGUGCCUGUGAGAGCAUCACAGCUGGAAAAGUGGACCUGAGCAGCUGGAAGGAGAAAAUUGAGCGGGAUGCAACCUGUGCUUGCCUGACACUGGAGGACUCGGAGGAGGACUCGGAUGAUGACGAGAGCGCAGCAGUGUUAGUAGAGCACCAAACCGAUGUGGCGAUGGAGGCUGUGCAGUUCUCCCAGGAGCUCUACAAGGAUGGGAUCCUGACAGUGGGCUGUGUAGGGUUCCCCAAUGUGGGCAAGUCUUCGCUCAUAAACGGGCUGGUGGGCCGCAAGGUGGUGAGCGUCUCCCGCACUCCUGGCCACACCAAGUAUUUCCAGACGUAUUUCCUGACACCCACCAUCAAGCUGUGUGAUUGCCCUGGACUUAUCUUCCCCUCUCUUGUGGACAGGAAACAGCAGAUCCUGGCAGGUAUCUACCCAAUUUCUCAGAUCCAAGAACCCUACACCUCGGUGGGAUUCCUGGCCAGCCGAAUUCCAAUCCAGGCCUUACUCAAGCUGCAGCAUCCAGACGCUGAACCCGGCACAGCUGAGCCACCGUGGUGUGCCUGGGAUGUUUGCGAAGCCUGGGCAGAGAAAAGAGGCUACAAGACAGCCAAGGGAGCCCGCAAUGAUGUCUACCGAGCAGCCAACAGCCUCCUCCGCCUAGCAGUGGACGGGCGCCUCUGUGUCUGCAUGCGGCCCCCAGGCUACACCGCACAGAAAGCCAUGUGGGAGCAUCACCCCGAAACUGCCGAGAUUGCUGCCCUGCAGGAGGCUCACCGCCAGGAGGACAAGCACAGCUCCAAAGAGGAGGAGGAGGAGGAGGAGGAGGAGGAAGACGAUGAGAUCUCUAGCUCAGGAGAGGAGGAGGAUGAAGAAAAAGAUCGGGAUGCUGAUGAAGAAGGUGAGGAAGAAGAGGAUCCACGUUCUGCUCCAAAGAGUGGCCCCAGCCAGCACCUCCCUUCCCGAAAGGGAAAACUUGCAGGCCGGAACUUGUUUGCUUUGCUUGGGGAAGAUGAAUGUUAGCAGCUCCCCCUGCUGGACAGACUGACGAGCGGUGGCCCCACCCAUGUGCCAUCUCAUCCUCUCUGUGCAUUCCAGAGUUGCUGUAUAUUAAUAAAGGUCCUGUUUAUUUCCUG